UUAGACAAGAGCAGCAGCAGUGCAGACGCGGUAGCAGUAGAAGAAGGAGUAGCAUACUAUAAAGAAGGGGAAAGACUAGAUAACCACACAGCUCUCUCUCUCUGAAGGAGGUGGCAUUACCUUCCUUUUUCCUCCUCUUCCUCGAAACCAGAUAUGAAGUGAAGGUUAAAAUGUUCUGAGCUUCUGUCAAACCUCGGGAGUUCCGCUGGUCCAUUCACAGGUAGACUAGUAUCGACAAACCGAUACAGACAACGCGAACACGUACAUUUGUUGUUGUACUGAAAGCAAAGCCGGAGGAUUCGAGAACGGAGUGAUAUCGGCCAGGAUCUCUUUCCCAUCUCCAACCGUCGAGAUGAAUACCAACGAUGCUAAGGAGUAUCUCACCAGGCGGGAGAUACCUCAACUGUUUGAGAGCCUGUUGACAGGGUUGAUGUUCUCUAAGCCUCUAGAGGUCCGUGAGGGACCUAUAGACUACCUGGAGGUGUGUCUAAAGAAGGUGAGGGAGCUGGGGGGACCAGACAGGGGGUGGGACCCAUUCGUCGGCCAGGAGAAGAAGUCCCUUCCCCCCUCAACGGAGGACAGCACGUAG